AUGCAAGUUCUGCGAUGUGGAAUCCACGGCUUUCAUGAAGUGCUAGGCAUUGAUGUGGACGAGAUUCGCUUUUAUUGGACGAUUGAAUCCGAUGAUAAGCAUGCCUCACAACUUGCCUACCGGGUGGUGCUGAGCACCGAUGAGGCCGCUGUGCAAGGAGAGGCGAUCGUUGAGUCGAAGCUGGCCUGGGAUUCAGGUCGGGUGAUGAGCAAUGAGCAACGUAACAUCAUCUGCAAGCCCGAUAAUGGCUUCCAGUCGACUUGCAGCUAUUACUGGCGAGUGACCCUCUGGGAUCAGUCAGAGCGACCGCAUCAUAGCGCCGUCAAUCACUUCUUCACAGCCUACCCCCGAUCCCACCUGCUGCCUCCCUAUAGCAUGAAUCAGACCUACAUGCCGCAUACCAGUCUCAUUUUUCGCUCCUGGUUCGAGGACGAGUCGAACCGAUGGAAAGCCGUGUGGAUCGGUGACGGCGGCGACAAACCAAUUUACCUUCGCAAGGCCUUCGAUUUGGCCCAGCCGCCAGCCCGUGCCAUUAUGUUUGCCUCCGGCCUUGGACACUUCAACAUGACUGUCAAUGGCUCCCCAGCGUCAGACCACCGGCUGGACCCCGGUUGGACCAACUACCAUCGUCGGGUGCAAUUCACAGCCUACGAUGUGACGGCCCAGCUGCAGACAGGCGCCAAUGUGCUGGGCGCUCACCUCGGCAAUGGUUUCUACGCGGGCGACAAGGGGGAAGAUCGCUUUUUCUGGCCAAUGUACGAAGACAACACUUAUGUCCGCUAUGGCAACGAGCUCUGCUUUUUCAGUGAACUGCAUCUCUUCUACCCCGACGGCUCACACACGACGAUGAUUUCGGAUCCGUCCUGGCGUGUCCGCAAAAGCGCAACUAGCCUCGCCAAUAUCUAUGCCUCCGAGAACCACGAUCGACGACAGUAUCCAACGGGUUGGGACACACCCGACUUUGAUGAUGCAGACUGGGCCCUCGCAAAGCCGCUGACUGGCCCCCGUGGUCAUAUCUACUACCAAACUCAGCCACCUGUGGUGUUGCACGAGACUUUCCAACCGGUCAAGAUAACAGAGCCGCGUCCUGGUAUGGUAUGCUAUGAUCUGGGGCAGAACGCCUCAACGAUGGUGCGCGUGGAGGUUGAGGGACCGAGAGGAUCGGAGAUCAUUGUCCGUUAUAGCGAAACGAUCCAAGAAGACGGCACAGUGUUGAUGCCAGAUCCCUUGUUCAAGGAAUUUGAGACUGGUGUCUUCUCUCGCAUUCACCUGGCCGGCACGGGCGCCCCUGAAAUCUGGGAGCCCGACUUCAGUUUCACAAGUGCACGGUAUAUCCAAGUAGAAGGAGUCUCCUUGGACGGCAGUGACGGCCGCCCAGUCAUUCGAUCAGUUGUGGGACGCCAUAUCUCAUCAGCUGCCCGCCGCCUGGGCACGAUGCAGACCGACAAAGAAGAUGUGAAUCAAUUGCUAAGCGCUCUAUCCUGGACCUUCAGCAGCAAUCUAUUCAGUUAUCAUACCGACUGUCCCCAGAUUGAAAAGUUUGGCUGGCUGGAGGUCACUCAUCUGCUGGCACCGGCGACACAAUACGUUCGCGACAUGGAAGCUCUAUACACCAAGAUCCUGGAUGAUAUUCUGGACGCCCAGGAGCCCAGUGGGCUGGUCCCGACCAUGGCGCCUGAGAUCCGAUACAUGUGCGGCCCGCUGCAUGAUACCAUAACCUGGGGCUGUGCCGUGUGUCUUCUGCCCGACAUCUUGAGGGAGUACUACGGUUCGACUCAUGUAAUCGCCAAGGUGUUCCCCGCGGCGGUGCGAUACAUGGAGUACAUGCGCACCAAAGAGCGCCGAGGGGGCUUAAUUGAACACGGACUUGGGGAUUGGGGCCGUGGGAUUGCCUUUGGUAAUAACCAGGCUAAUAUCGAGACCGCUAUCUACUACCGGUGCCUACAGUGCGUGGCUAUGAUGGCUCGCGAGUUGGGUGAAAUGCAGAAGGCGAAAGAAUUCGAACAGUGGGCCGCUCGGAUCUACGCCGUGUACAACUGUCACUUGCUAGUCACCGAUGACGCAUCUCGACCCUACGCCUACUACACCUCAUUAGACAACUACCCAGCACGCGACCGGGAUGCAAUCGCCCAGGCCAUGGCUUUGCAAUUUGGACUGGUUCCAGAACAGCAUCGCAAGGACGUGAUGGCUGCCUUCUUGGAUGAUGUAGCGGAUGGUCGCAUACGUGCCGGAGAGAUAGGGCUACGUUUCCUCUUCAAUACCCUGGCCGAUGCGAAGCGACCGGAUUUGGUGUUGCAGAUGGCCCGUCAGGAAGAGCACCCGUCCUACAUGCGGUUUUUGCGGCGUGGAGAAACAACUCUGUUGGAGUUUUGGCAAGACGAGUGCCGUAGCAAAUGUCAUGACAUGCUGGGGACUAUCUAUGAAUGGUUCUAUGCGGCGGUCUUGGGUUUGAAGCCUACAGGACCGGCAUAUCGUACGUUUGUGGUAGACCCGCCUUAUAACGCCGAAUUCAAGCAUGUCAAGGGAAGCGUGGAUUGCCCCUAUGGAACUAUUGCCGUUGAGUUUACGCGCAACGAGCAGGGUCAGGCGGUUGUGAAUGUGCGUGUGCCCUUUGGCACUACUGCCAUUGUGAAGCUUCCCCGCAGCGGCAAGUCUUCGGCAUAUUGUCGGGAAGGAGAGGAGAGUCGGGCAGUGGACGGGGGGGAGGUCAGCCUGAGCCACGGCGUGUACUCCAUUAUUGAAGGAUAG